AUGGUUUCUAUGGUCGAGACCUCUCACUCAAACCAUAAUGAUAUGGCGCUCGACCAGGUCGCCAAAUCUGAACCUCUGGCUGAGGGAUCCAUCAGCUCGGCAGUCUCAACUCCAGAUCCUGAGGCAGAAAUCUUGAUGACCCAAGAGGCCCAGAGUCAGAACAUCCAAAAAAGGAAAGGGGGUCGCAAACCUAUCUACGCGACUUCUGAGGAGCGUAAGCAGCGCAACCGACAGGCCCAGGCCGCCUUUCGGGAGCGUCGCACAGAGUACAUUCGCCAGCUCGAGUCCACGAUCAAGCGCAAUGAAGAAUCGCUGCAGACCCUGCAGCAGAAUCAUCGCACUGCGGCGGAUGAAUGCUUGAUGCUGCGUUACAAGAACUCUCUUCUUGAGCGCAUCCUCCUCGAAAAAGGUAUCGAUGUUCAAGCCGAACUCCGUCUCAAGGCGGGAACCCCGAACGGACCGGGAAAGCCUAGCCCCAUCACCGCAAAGGCUCCGUCGUUGCAACAGGCUGCAAUCAGCCGAAGCUCGGCCCAAAGGCACCCCAGCGGCCUUGCUCCCAAGGAGCCCUUUAGUGUACCUCCUUCUCGUGAUGGCGGUUUUAGCAUUCCGUCACCCCAGUUUCAAGCCACGCCUCCCUCACACGUCUCAUCGCCGUCACACACCAAGUCUCCCGGCUAUGGGUUUCAAGGAGCAAUGUCGCCUGCCGGAAUUGAUCCUCAAGCACAGCAUGCACGUUCCCUGAUUUCCCACUCGAGGAAUAUCAGCCAGACCUCUCCGCCCAUGAGCAUCGGUCAACCGGAACCCAUCGAUCCAAAGUCAGGUCCGAUGGGCUCUCGAGCUCCACGUGUUCCCUCGGCAUACUACCCAUCACCAUUUCAGAAACAUUAUGAUCAAUUAGAGCAGGAAUAUGAUGCACAAGCAGACAUGAUUGAUGACGAACACGAAUCAUCUGUAACAGCCUCGCCUUUUGUCCCUGGAUUUAAUGCUGCGGGCACGGUUCCAAAUGCCUCUCAUCCGAUGAAUUCGCACAGCAUUCAUCCAUAUAACCACGCUUCCGGAGAAACAGUCAACGGCGCGUAUGGCGGUACGAAUGCAAUGCUAGGGAACUAUGAGCCGAUGCUCGACGCCGACCCUUUCGGACUGAGUGCCAGCAUGCAUUUCCAGACUCCAUUCAGCUACGAGCAAAGCAAUACGCGCCAAUGA